AUGUCUUCGGAGCAAAGCCAAUACUCAUCAUCAUCAAACAAGCAACGAGAAUAUUUCAAUGAAUUCAGAAAGAAGAAACGAGAAAGCUUUUUUAAAAGACAUUCAAAAACUAAAUUGUUGAAAUGGGGUGUUUUGGGAUUUAUUGGAUACUAUGGAUUGUUCGUGUGCCAAAAGCCAUGGGUUUACUCUCCGAAUCAGCAAGUGCUCAAUAAUGCUGAUGCUUUUCAGGAACAUUUAAAGAGAACGGUGCCGAAUUUUAAUAAGAGAUUCUGUCCAACACCAUGGUUGAUUAAUGCUCAUGCUCAAACAACAUUUGGUGGAGCUGUACGCCAUAUUAUUGAUGAUCAAGAUGAAUCCUCCUUUAAAAAGAAACGAAAUCAAUACGAGUUUGAGGAUGGAGCCAUCAUUAAUUUGGAUUGGUUUGAACCAUCGGAAUCGCUCACAAAUACUGCUUCGAAUAGUCUUGAAGCAUCAACAAGUAACAUGGGAGCAGUCGGCAGAGGAAAUCAAUCGAAUUAUGCUCAAUCUGGCAGAAAAUCAAACACAACAAUAUUCAUCAUUCCUGGUUUGUCAGGAGGAACAAAUGCUGUUGGAGUCAAACACUUAAUUUCAAGUUUCGUUAAGGCAGGCUACAGGUGUGUGGUGAUGGAUUACAAAUCUGUUUCUCCAACGGAACCAACUACAAUUCAUCACGGCCACCAUACCACACAUCCAGUGACUCCAGAAGGAGAACCAGUGGAUUUGGACCAACCCAAUCGAAACCAUUCUCCAUCCACUCACGUUAUUCCAGGCCUUACUCACACGGUGAAGGAUAUUAGAAACGUUAUUCAAUUAGUAAGAAAGGAGGUUGGCCCUGAUGAAACAUUGGUUGGAGUUGGAAUGUCACUUGGGGCAAACACGUUACUUACAUAUUUAUCAGAGCACGUGGGAAAGAAUGCACCCAAAUAUCAAGGAGCUAAAAAACUAAAGAAUCAUGAAAAAAUUCUUCCAAAUGAUGAUCAUGACGAGUCAAGAAACGAAUUUGCGUAUGCUAUUUCGAUAGGAAAUCCAUUUGACCUUAAUGCUGCCACCCUUAAAUUACAAUCCAACCUUUUCCAAAGAUUAAUUUAUGAUAAAGCAUAUGCUGAAGAGCGCUUCAUGUGCUACGAGAGAAAUAAGGGAUUAUUACCCGAAGAGUAUGUCCAAAUUUUGUCUACCAUCCGCUCAACCAGAGACUUGGAUGAUAAGAUUAACAGACAUUUAUCGAAUCCAAAAUUCGAUUCAGUGGAAGAGUUUUAUAAUUUUCACAGUUGCAAAGACAAGCUCAAAAACAUUACCAUUCCCACAAUUUGCAUCAAUGCUCUAGACGAUCCAAUUUCCACAUAUGAAGCGAUUCCAUUCGAAGAAUUCCUGUACAACAAGAAAUUAAUGCUUGUCACCACUUUGAGAGGAGGUCACAUUGCUUCUCUUGAUGGUUUCAUUGCACCAAACAAGGAGAGUUGGCUAGAGAGGACGUCGGUCCAAGUCGUUAACAGCAUGAACGAAUGGCAGGAAUCUGUAAAAAAGUAUCACAAAAUUAAUUAA